ACUGCUUUCUUCAAUGUUGAAAUCAAAAGCAAAGAAAUCAUCAAACCAUUUUCUCCGACUCCUCUUGCCCUUAGAACUCUCCAACUUUCCCUUCUCGACCAAGUAUCUCCCCAAAUAUAUACACCUUUGAUUUUGUUCUAUACCCCUACCCCAAAUGGUGACAGUCCAAUUGACUCCCAUCAAACAUCCAAUAUCCCUAGAUCAUCCUUCUCUCAAGCUCUCACUCAUUUCUACCCAUUUUGAAUCCAUUGAGUGCAACGACAGUGGUGCCGAUUCCGUUGAAGCUCAUGUCAACUGCCCUCUCGCCCACCUUCUUCAAAAACCCGAUGUUGAGAUACUUCGGAAACUUCUUCCUGUUGAUACUAGACUUCCGGUGGGAGCAGGAGGAUGUCUCCUGAGUGUGCAAACUAACUUCUUUGAAUGCGGUGGACUGGCAAUUGGAGUUUGUUUUUCUCACAGAAUCGCGGAUGCAUUCACCUUCAUCUCAUUCAUGAAAAGUUGGGCAGAUAUCAAUGCAGGGGUGCCCUUAAAAAGGAUUGUGUUCCGUGGUCCGAAGAUAGCAGAACUCAGGGCCAAAGCUGCUAGCGAAAGCAUCCCACAACCAUCGCGCAUUGAAGCUGUGACUGCACUCAUAUGGAAGUGCGCAAUGGCAGCAUCAAGGUCGAACCACGGCUUUUCUAGACCAUCAACUUUGUCCCACGUAGUGAACCUACGGAAGAGAAUUGCGCUACCUUCAUCGCCAGAAAACUCCAUGGGAAACAUAUAUUCACUCUUCUUUGCAGAAACCGACGCCGGUGAGAAAGAAUUGCCAGUCUUGGUCGGUCUGCUUAGGGGAUCUCAAGAAAAACUUUGUGAGAAGUUGACAGAACUUGCAAGGGCAGAUGCAUCCUCAUGGGUUGUUGAGAUCAAGGAAAAAAUGAAGGGUCUGAGGGGAGAAAAGGACGUAGACUUGUACAUUUUUAGUAGCUGGUGCGAAUUCCCUACGUACGAAGCUGAUUUCAGGUGGGGAAAGCCUACUUGGGUGACCAGUACUCCUCCAUUAAUUAAGAAUUCCAUCUUCUUACUGGAUACGAGAAAAGGUGAUGGAAUAGAAGCCUGGAUACCGUUAAGCAAACAAGACAUGGCCUUCUUCGAACGCGAUGAGAAUCUACUCGCAUUUGCUUCCUUGGAUCCCAGUGCUCUUUAAAUUGAUACCUUGUUUGUCUCUAACUUGGGUGUUCUAUCUGCUUUAUUUAAAAUAAAAUAAAAUAAACCCAAAAUUGCAAU